AUGUCCUCAGUGAUCUAAAAGCUAGAUAAAGAGGCUGCUGAGGGGCUUCCCUAGCUCCAGAUCCACAGAGAAGCCACCUGGGGGUGGGAGGAAGCCCUAGGCAGCCUGCCCCAAGAGACAGCAUCCUUACUAAGGUCUCACCAUGAGGAAUUACCUAGUUUUCCUUCUGGCAUCAACUAUUUUCUCCUUCGCCAGCUCUCAAGAUGCUGCAGGAGAGGUCCCUACUGCUGUAGUAGAAGAGGAAGAAGAUCCAUUCUACAAGAGUCCACUCAAUAAACUUGCUUCUUCUGCAUCCAACUUUGCCUAUGAUCUUUACCGCGCUCAAGCCAACAAGAAUCCAAGCAGCAACAUUUUUAUGUCACCGUUGACUAUUGCUACAGCCCUCUCCAGCAUAUCCUUGGGAGGCGGACAGCGGACUGAAUCCUUAAUACAACGGUCCCUUUACUAUGACCUUCUUAAUGAUGCAGAUAUCCACACCACUUAUAAAGAACUGCUGGAAAACCUUUCUUCAAACCCGAAUGGGCUGAAAAGCAUAUCCCGUGUCAUGCUGGAGAGAAGGCUGAGGAUGCGUAUCGAGUUUGUGAAUCAGUUGGAGAAGUUCUAUGGGAAUAAGCCCAGAGUUCUGUCAGGAAAUACUCGCCUUGAUCUGUCAGAAGCCAAUGAUUUUGUGCAGAAGAAUACCAACGGCAAAGUAGUGAAGUUCUUCCCAGAAGUGCCUUCAGGCAUUAGUGUCCUUCUGCUUGGGGCUGCAUAUUUUAAAGGACAGUGGAUCCACAAAUUUAACCCCGGUCAAACCACCAUGCGUGAUUUCUACAUAGAUGAGCAGACAUCUGUUUCAGUUCCAAUGAUGUCAGCGAGCAACAUCCAUGUGAGAUAUGGCCUAGACUCCGAUUUUAACUGCAAGAUUGUCCAGCUUCCACUCACUGGGGGAGUCAGCAUCAUGUAUUUUCUCCCUCUCAAAUUCACCGAGAACCUGACAUUAAUUGAAGAAGGUCUGACAUCGGAGUUUGUACAUGACAUAGAUCGAGCAUUGCAGUCAGUCACCAUAACACUAAGCAUACCAAAGCUGAAGGUGAACUACGCUGCUGAACUCACAGACACUCUUAAGGAGAUGAAACUUCAGCCUCUCUUCCAAAGUCCGGACUUCAGUAAGAUCUCUUCAAAGUCAUUGAAGCUCACGCAUGUUGUGCACAAGGCCAUCCUGGAACUGAAUGAAGAUGGAGCGGAAAAUCCACCAACAGUGGACAUCCAGGCUCGCCAACAUUUCCCGCUGGAAUUUCACCUGGACCAUCCAUUCCUGUUUGUUCUCCGAUCCGACAGCAACGGUGCACUCCUGUUCAUUGGAAAAGUGAUGAAUCCUAAAGAAAUUACCGGUUAAUAACCAUGUCUCCAAUUGUUUUUUUAAAUUCUGGACUCCGUUAAUGUCAUUAUGAUUAUUCGUGCCAUCUUAUGCCAAAGAAAAAGUUCAACUCCAACUCCUUAUAUCUAUUCCAGAUUUUUUUUCUCCAAAUUUAUAAAAAUCUGAAUACAAAUAUGGUGCUAAACUAUCAGUACUUGCCGCUCACUUUUGUUUCAACAUGGAAAAUAUAGUUACUGUUCGGACUUUUACAUUUAUAGCAAAUCUACCCCAUUAAUCAAUAUCUUGUUCAUAGGUCUAAAAUUCUGUGCUAGGUUCUCUUACUGUAUUUUUCUAGCAGUUGGUGCUCCACUUUCUGAUACAGACUCUGACUCCCUAGCAUAGACAUAAAGUAUAUUGAAAGGAAAACACAUUGUCUGACUGCAGCUGCCACUAGGGGGCGUUUGGGAUCUUACUGCACAAUGGGGCAGAUUUAUCAAUGGUUUUACACCACAAAAAUGGUGUAAAAAAUAAAUAAAAAGUCGGGGCUAUAAUUUGCAACUUUUUACACUUCUCGUCACUUCAUGGGCAUGGCCUCCCACAGCUCAACAGAUUUACUAUCAUUUAUUUAGUAAGGGAAAGAUUCAUCCAGCGUUUUGAGUAAAAACUUUGAUUUUUAUAAUGGUGGUGGUAUCCAUAGAAUACCACCAGAGACAGGCUGAAUCUUUAGGGCUCAUUCAGACGGCAGUAUGCUGUCCACAAAAAUGCGGAUUACAUUCCGUUUUUUUCGAUGAUCCAUAGACGUCAAUAGGGCCAUGUCCUGAUUUUCACUGACAAGUAUAAGACAUGUUUCAUUUGUUUUGCUGAGCCGUGCAAUGGAAGAAAGGGCCCCAUAGAAGUUAAUGGGACAGUAUCCAAUACGCAAAAAAAAACGCAUCCACAUUUUUGCGGACAGCAUACGGCCGUCUGAAUGAGCCCUUAGUCAUAGGUUUGGCAGGACGACAUCUGAGCACCUGGGCUGCAGGCCUACAUAUCGCGCUGGUGAGCUGGCUUUACAUUAUAUUACUAUAAGUUAGAAAAUAAAUUGGUGUAAAUAAUAGCAGAUAUCUACGGCAGCUCUUAGCUGGUCUCUCUUCACCGCAAACUACAUCAAAAGUGUUGUGUGGAAUGGCAGUCUUGAUACAUUUCCCCAGUGUUAUUAUCAAGUUUAAAGGGGUUACCCAAUAUCUAAAAUACCCCCCAAUGCUCGGGCCCAUUGUAUAGAUUAUACUUACCUGCUCCCCGGCACCCGCGUGGCUCCGGAUCCUUGCUGGUCACCGUCACAGCCUGCUAUUGGUUUGCCCCCGCCCCUGUCGCCAGAUGUUUUGAUCCGAGCGAUGGGGAGAAGCAGUUGCGGCCCUGCAGGGAUCUGGAGCUACGUGGGUGCUGAGGAGUAGGUAAGUAUAAUCCAUACAGGGGCCCCGGGCAUUGGGGGUGGAUAUUUUAGAUAUUGGAUAGUCCCUUUAAUUUAUACCAUUAUGCAGCAAGCUCGCCCUAUUGGUGACUGCAAGCAGUCGGCAAGUUAUCUUCUAAAUGUAUAUCUAUGCAGGACAUAUGGCGGUCUAAAUUAGAAAUUACCCAGCACAGAAUAGUGACCCUAUUUUAUAGAUUAAAGGGCCAGAUAUUCACAUUAAUGACGUGAAUGUCUCCUAAAUAUCUAUGCCAUGAGUGUAGAAAUCAAUUUUCAAAUAACGUAUACUAUAAUGUGUAUACUUCUUGUCCUAAUAAGUGCUUUGAUGAUUUUGCUGUGGUAUUACCAGGCUGUUUGCAGAGGCAGUGUUUUCUAAAUCUCUUCCGGGAAUAAAGCAUAGGCUCUGGCAUCCAAUUUCGAGAUUUGUUGCUUUGGAAAAGGAUAUUUCCAGCUAAAAUUAGGGUCAUAUAUGAUCAUUGACAAAAAAAAAAAAAAAAAGCUAAGUUUUGUUGCUGAAGCAAAAAAGUGCAAUGAUAUAAAAAAUUAAAUUCCUCAAUACAUAAAAUAUUUUAAUAUAUGCCGUUAAGAGAGUUGUAACGCUAUGAAAAGAUAAUUUCUGAUUCAGAGCAGAGAGCCGUUGAGUAUUCUGCUCUUGCGGACCCAGUCCAUCCAUGCUUUUUUUUUUUUAUCAAAUCUUUUUUUAUUAAUUUUCAAUAAGAUUUUAUGCAAACAACCCAAAAAAAAGGGAAAACACAAACCCUCCCUCUCCCAACCUCCCCUCACCCUGAGUCCCGGGUUCGCGGUCGCCAGAAAGUCAACAGGAGACGUAUCGAUGAUGGUUUCAUAUUUCUCCAAGAACCAUAGUCCAAGAAGAUCUUCAGGAUAGACUAUUGCUCGAUUUCCCAUCGGUUCUCCAAUUCCACAGUUACAUCCUGCAGCCACGCCAUCUAUCACCCAGCCUUACUCGUCCAUCCAUGUUUUACUUGUAUGGUCACCAAGUAAGGCUGCAUUCAUAUAAUGCCUAAUUUUCACAUCAGUAAUUUUGAGCCAAAACCAGGCGCGGCUCUAAACACAGAACAGGUGCAGAUCUUUCCCUUAUACCUUAUUUCUGUGGAGGCUCCAAUUCUGGUUUUGGCUCACAAUCACUGAUGGAAAACACUGACGUGUGAACAAGGCAUAAUACUACGAGGAUUCCAGACUGGCUUCAUUUCUAGAAGAGAAGACAGCCCAGUACCAAAAUUUAACUUUUUGCAUGACAGUGGUCUAUGUAGAUGUUCUAACAGUGCUUGUUGGUAAUACUUUAUUAUCACUUAAAGGGGUUGUCUCUUCUCAUACACCCAUCACUAGGAAAUGCCACCUCUUGGACCCGCUCCUAUCUCCAAAACAGGCUCCCGAUGGGAGUUAUGAAAAUGACGGAGCACAGGCCCAGCUAUUUCCAGCAGUCUCAUAGAGGUGAAUGAAGGGUGGCUGCGACUGCGCAGUAUGCUCUCCAUUUGCUCCUAUGGGAGUUCCAGAAAACAGUAAUGCUCGCUUGCACGGCUAUUUUCCCGACUCACAUAGAAGUGAAAAGAGAGCGCACCAUGCACGUGCUGUGUUCUCAUUCACUUUGGGGGGUCCAUCCUGGAGACAGGUGUGUGUGUCCCAGAACCUGACCUUGGUGGCAUAUCCUAGCGAUAUGCCACCAAUGUAUGAAAUUACAUCAUGAAGCGUAAGACAUUAUUAUGAACAUGUAUCAAAUUGAAUGUCUUAUUUUACCCCUGUAUCUUCUUAUAUAGUGCUUGAUGUUUAAAUUAGGAGCGACUCAUUCCAAAGGAAAAAAUAAUAAUUCCAUGAAAUAUUAGACCUAUGUACAUCCCAGGAAACCCUACCUGGUGUUCUGUUAUAUACUGGUGAGGUCUCAGCUGAACUCUUACCCACUGCUAUAUGCUAGAGCAAUCCAAUGCAAUAAAGUCUGAUUUACUUAUUGCUCAGGAA